UUUUAUUUAAAGGUAAUAGUGCUAAAUAGAUAAAUAUUGGGCUGUACAUUAUGAACCAAAUAAGGUUGCUUUAAGAAAACUUGCCAUAAGGCUGACAUUCUACAGAACCAAAUUAAUCAAUGGUAACAGGUUCAAACUGGACUUCCAAAAAGGCCCUGGCAUUUUAUAUACACAGAUGCCCAAACAGCCUUCACAGGCCCAACCUCACUCUCACCCUUCUUUCUAACAAACCUAAUGUGCUUAAGCAGGACAGAUGACCUGUAUAACUGAUAACAGUAUUACAAUCAUUAAAAUGUAUGGUCUGGACUGAGAUUCAAAAUAGGCCCUGGCUUUCCAAGUACAGCCCCCCGCAGGCCCAAUACUGACUGUCUAUGCUAUGACAUCUUACAGCACUCCCUUUGCAGACACAUUUACUAGAAAACAAAUGGCCUCCCAUAAGUACUGUGUAUAAUGAAAAUAUAAAUUAAACACGUAUGUCAUCUACACUUUGAUCUACCUUUAUUACUCGGUGGGAUACAUCUGAGUCUGGGUGCCAAGGCCAUAUCCUCUCAUAGCCAUAACCUAAAAUGGGAUUUUGUUGACUUCAAGAAAAAUGAUUUGGUGACUUGAAACAAAAUCUUGCAUUUUUAAUUUCUGUAGGGAAUAAAAGGGGUCUCAGUGCUCUGAACUGGGCAGUGUUAUAACAACAGCCAAAGCAUUAGACCAUCCAUAAGUCAUAUGUCAGCUGCAACUCUGCUAGGGAAAGUAACAAAAUAACUAAGAGGCACUUCUAUUUGAAUUUACAUAAACUAGGCAGAAACUUCAUUAGAGAUAUUAUGCUUGAGUCUGGGCAUUUUAAAACCCAAUAAUGGCUUGGAUCAUGUUGCCCCUGAUUACAUGGAGUUAAUCAAGAGGUCUCAUAACCAACUACUAUAUAAUAAGAUUCAGUUUUAUCACAGACUUAAGCAAGGCAAAAGCAGCUGCCCAAUGUGGGGGGUUGUGCACCAUUACAAUGCUCUCUUGUGGCUAAGCAGGGCCGCCAAUGCAUUCUGCACUCAGCUCUAUGUUAAACUGAGCGUGAAGUCACUGGAUUCACAAACUCCAAUCAUGGAGAACGUUUGAUUAACUGCUUUCUUUAAUUUUUAACAGGUUCAAUUUUUUUCUUUUGUUAUUGUUACCUCCUAGCAACAUGCCCAGAUAUAGGCAAACAGACAGCUCCUUUCCCAUAUUUGAGAUCAACAUUUCUUUUAGUUGAUGCACCCCUGGAUGCAGAUAAAUAACAAAGGAAGCAACUGCUGGUAUAUGUCCCAGUGACAUCUAAAGAUGCCAAAUAAAGCCCAGGAGGAUGCUGUAAUUAAUCUCAAGUCCGUUAAAGAACUUGGCAACCAGCUUGGAUUUGAGUGGACUAUAGUUGCCAGUGAACUUGGAUUCAGCCGACCAGAAAUUAGAAAAUUCCAUAUGGCAUCUGUGGAAAAGAAACUUCAAGCUCAGAAAAUGUUGGAAUGCUGGUAUGAGAAAGCAUGGAACAAAUUAAACAAGACAAAGAUCCUGCAAGAUGCCCUAGAACGUGCAGGCAGAAAGGACCUGGCCGAUAAACUGCGCUGUCUGCACUGGGGGCAUCAAAAGCUGAGCAGUCGCGUGGAGCUUCCUUCUGCUUUUCCAUUCCUCAUUACAGUGCACAAGACCAUUAAUAAUAAGGAGGGUCUGAAGAAAAUCAAUGAGCUUAGCCGCAAGUACACUUAAUAGUGGCCAGACAGAAAGGUUUCCUUAAAGCUACUGCUCAGUUCUUAUUUUAGAUAUUAGCAUAGAGAGUCAGCAAGGCCUUCGUCUCCAGCAAGAGGAAGAUAAUUAUAGCACAAGGCCAACUUGUUCAGCUACUAAACCAAAUAAAACAAUAUUUAAAAAUGCAAAAAAAAAAAUUAUAUAUAUAGAUAUAUUUAUGUAAUUAUGAUUAUAUAGGUUUUGUCAGAUUGUUGGAUACAAAGCAGAACCACCUGAAAUCUGGAUUAAUAUCAAACCUGUAAUACAGGUACACUUCCCUUGUUAUAAUUACUUUACUAAAGUUAAUUACAGUUGCUAAGGUCUGUAAAGAUAAUAUGACAUGCAAAACCCUCAAACAUGACUAACACUGCUGCUGCUGCUCAACACUGUGCUCUUGAUUUGAUUCUGAUCCGAAACUCAAUGCAUGGUGUCUGUAGGUUCCCAACAAGCUUGUGUGUUCAUUUUCCUACUGCUUUGGUUUCUAUAAAUAUACUUAUUGGGUAAAUGGCUCCUGCUUAAUCUAACAGCAGUGUAUGCGUUAUCCUUAUUAACAUGAAGUGCCAACAUAUUCUGCGCAAUAUAAGGGUGUAACAACUAACACAACUUUACAUAGAAAUACUAAUACAGUUAUCAACCCUCUGGACAGGGACCGAUGUGAAUAAUUCUAGCCAAUUGCAGUGCAAUACAUUACAUUCCUUCAAAACAAUGAUACUGGUCCAUGCUGACACCCCUUCCCUAGUGUUUAUGUUCUCUCCCACCCUCUCCUUCACUGCCCACACUUUUUCUCCAGCUCAGUGAAUGGGCACUCAUAGCGAAUAACAUGAAAUAAAUAAGUUCAGGGUGAUUCCAGAAACCCAUGUUUGCAAGGAAGCUGAGUGAUGUAGGCUUUCCAAAGAUAUUUGAUAUUUUUAGAUGGCAAUAUUUUAUCUAAGGAGUGUGCAGAGAAUACAAACAUUUUUGUAAUAUUUAAAAGGAAGCUUUCGAACCAAAAUUUGUUAAAGAGCACCACACAACAUAGAAACCCCUAACAUACCCAUCAGUGUAAUCUGUUUGUGUAAAAGUAUUAAUAAAUACAAUUUUUAUAUGCUGAAAUCCAGCUGCAAAACA